AUGGGCAGCAGUUUUAAUACACAGAUUUUGAGUGAUAAGCUGAUGAAGCUCAACAGUUCGCAGCAGAGCAUUGAGACUCUCUCGCAUUGGUGCAUUUUUCACAUGAAUAAUGCAAAACAAGUUGUUGAAACAUGGGACAGGCAGUUUCAUUGCUCUCCUCAUGAGCGGCGACUGGCUUUUUUGUAUCUUGCAAAUGACAUUAUUCAGAAUAGCAGGCGAAAAGGUGCAGAGUUUGUUACAGAGUUUUGGAAGGUUCUUCCAGAUGCUCUUCGUGAUGUAAUUGAACAUGGAGAUGAGUUUGGGAAGAACGCUGCAUUCCGGCUGAUUGGUAUUUGGGAGGAGAGGAAAGUAUUUGGCUCCAGAGGGCAAAUUCUCAAGGAAGAGUUUGCAAAAAACCAACUCGACAACGAUAAUAAAAAUGGGAAGCAUGUUGGGUUCAAACUGAAACCUGCUGCUGGAAACACAUUGGACAAGAUAGUUUCAGGUUAUCAAGUUGUCUAUGGUGGUCAACUGAAUGAAGAUGCUGUUUUGAACAACUGUAGCAACACCAUCAGCUCUAUUGAGAAAAUAGAAAAGGAUAUUGGAAGCGACCACAGAUCAGGCCAUCCGAUUCAAUCUGGCAUCAUGGAUGAGCUGAAGGGGAAGCAUGCAAUAUUGAGGGACUGUAUUGAGCAGCUAACAGUUGUUGAAUCUUCAAGGACAAAGCUCGUGUCUCUUUUGCGAGAAGCUCUGCAGGAGCAGGAAUAUAAGUUGGAUCAAGUCCGCAAUCAACUUCAGGCUGCACAGGCUCACAUGGAACAGGCAGGCAAUAUUUACCAGCAGGCAGUUGAUGGCAAAGGUGAUGCACCAAGUCUAGCUGAGCAGAGUCGAAAGGAAACUCAAACCAAUCAAAUGUCUCACAACUUUAUGUCUGGAACUAGAGAACAGUCAGCUCCUAUAAUGUACACACGGCAGGUGCCUUUUACUGAGAAAUCUGGCAACGCUGAAGAUCCUAAAUCUGCAGCAGCUGCAGUGGCAGCAAAGCUUACUGCAUCAACAUCUUCGGCUGAGAUGCUGACAUAUGUCCUCUCUUCCCUGGCAUCGGAGGGUGUCAUAAGCAAUCAAAUAAAAGAAUUGCCUGGUGAUUAUUCCUCGGAAAAGAGGGCUAAGAUUGAAAAUGACCACGCUUCUUAUGUUCCUCAGAAUCCCCAGGCACCUGUUCUACCUUAUUCACACCAUGCCUCAAUACAGCAUACUUUGCCAGUCCCAUCUCAGGAGUCAAACCCUGACAAUUCCCCCCCACCUCCUCCAUCGUCCCCACCUCCAUUACCACCUCUACCACCUAUGCAGCCAUAUCCUAUUCCUCAAUAUAUGCCAACUGCUGGCCCGGUUCCUAAUGUACCAUAUGGCUAUAACACCAGCCAGCACCCGGCACCCCUACCUGGUUAUCCUACAGUUGGGCCUCCUAUGAAUGGGGUUUCUCCCUUCGGAGUUCAUCCACCGAAUGUUUACCAAAUGUAUCCAACUGAAGGUGGUUUGUACGGGCAGCAAUCAUCCUUGCCCACACCUGUCACCCGCCAGUAG